AGAAAAGCCCUUUAUAGAUGUAAUACAAACAUAAUAUUCAAGCCGUCAUGGCUGGUUAUUGUGGAUUGAUGUAGGUGACACUCUGGAGAGUUAAGCAGUGAUUGAACAGUCCAGGCCUCUAAUUACCUUCAGAAGUUAACCUUAAAGCUGAUGAAAAGAUAGAUUCUUUACAUAAUCUGAAACGAAAGGAGAAUGACUCCAGGUGAAAGAUCCUUUGGAAGCUCGCAACAUAUGGAAAGAACAUGUAAUAAGAUCCUCUUGUCAAUAAACCACAUUAUGCUGCAGGUGAUGAAAAUUUGAUUCAGACUAUAACUUGCCUCUUGAAGUUGAGAUAUAUUCCAACAGAUCAAUUAGAAACUUAUUUUAUUGAAUAUAUCUUACAGCAGGACAUUAAAUGAGUAACAUGUUUGUUGGCAGUUAAAUAAUCUGUUGCUAUCCAUAUUUUUCAGUUCCACAUCAAAGGAUUCAAAGAAGGCUGUUCCGGCUCCAUCAUGUAAUCUAUGGGUCAGUGGAAUUACUUCAUCUACCAGGGCCAAUGAUCUAAAAGCACUAUUCAGCAAACAUGUUAAGGUUGUAGCAGCAAAAAUAAUGACAAAUGCCAAAAGUCCAGACAGCAGCUGUUUUGGUUACAUCAUUCUUUCCUCUGUUGGGGAUGCCAAGACCUGUAUCCAAAGUCUACACAAGACAGAACUGAAUGGCAACACGAUCAGUGUAACAUUUGAUAAGCCCAAGCCAGAAUCAUCCACAGCUGAUAGAAAUGUGGAAUCCCAGUCAUCAAGCAAGACUGAACCUGCUGACAAAUCUAAAGAAACUUCUAGCAAGUGUGCACCGAAACCGACCAGUGGUAAGAUUAAACUAAGCAAACCAGGUUCUGCAGCAUCAAAGUCAAAGGUCAUUGAUGUCAAAGGUCAGGCCAAGCAAGCUAAGAAUGGCAGCAAGGAAUUAGACAAAAAGUCCAGUGAGAAGACACCACUGACUGAGAAAUCUAAAAUUGCGAAGAAACCAAAGGACACCCAAAGUAAAGAGUCUGAAGGGAGAAAGAUAAUAUCCACAGUGAGAAAGUCAACUGGAGAAACGAAAAACGAGGUGAAACGUUCCAAUAUAAUCUCUCUUAAAAGCAAAGGCAAGAGUGAUGAAAAGAAUUACAAAUCUUCUAAGGACAGAAGCCUCACCAAAGACAAAGGAGAGAAGCCUCGGAGAAUCAUCCACCUGAACAGACUGGAGACCACGAACAGACGCGGCUGGCAGUCGGGCUGGAUGCGGAAUCACAGAAUCGGCUACUUCAAAUCCCGCAAUGUCAUGUCGUACUCCUGUGAUCAGCAACGCAGAAUGUCUCCUUUCCGUACCCAUAAUGUGGUGGACAAAAGUCGAAGGCUGAAAGAUCUUCACAUUAAACAAAGAGAGGAGGCAUACAAAUUAGAGCAUGAGAGGGAGCAGAUCAGGAGAGCGACGGAGGAGAUGGAGUGGAGGAAGCAGCAGGAACAGAUUCGUCUGGAGCAACUUGAUCUGGAACGACGUGAGAGAGAGUGGGAGGAGCAGAGGCUUCUGGAGCAAAUCAGACUGGAGGAGGAGGAGAGACUGAGGUUUGAGGAGGAACAGAGGAUUGCAGAAUUUGAAGCAGAGCAGAGACGUCUAGAGGAGGAAGAAAUGAGGAUCAGGGAGGCAGAAAGGAUGCAUUUCAUGGAACCAGUGUUCAAUGAUCAAGACAGAUUUAUUGAGAACAGAUGGUCACCUCAUGGUGUGGAGAGAUUCAGGGGCCCAGGGGAUUCCCCUGAUGACAGAUCUAGAGGUCGCCAUGGAGAUGACCUUAGAGGAUACAGGUCACAUCAUGAGGAGAGAAAGCAUAGAGACAGAAGAAGUGCUGAAAAGUAUGAGGCAAAGAAGAAAGAGGAACGAGAAAAACAAAGGAAAGAAAAAGAGCGUCAUGAUAGAGAACGGAGGGAAAGGGAGAAAAGAGAAAAAGAACGACAAGAACAGUUAGAAAGAGAGAGGCAGGAGAGAGAACAGCGGGAGCGAGAACGUCAAGAACAGGAGCAGCGUGAAAGGGAGAGACUAGAGCAAGAAAGACGAGAGAGGGAGCGUCUGGAGCAAGAAAGACGAGAGAGGGAGAGACUUGAACAGGAAAUGAAGGAACGAGAACGGAGAGACAGAGAGCGGCUAGAGAAAGAAAGACAGGAACGACUGAGGCUGGAGAAAGAAAAGGAAGCUCAGGAGAAAGAAAAACAGGAACUAGCAGAACGGGUCAAACAGCUAGAGAGAGAGAAUGAAGAAAUACGACUUAAAGAAAACAAGAUUAAGGAAGAGCUGAGACUUGAAAAGGAGGAACACGAGAGGAUAAAGAGGGAUUCAUUAAAGAGAUCUUAUGAGCCUAGAAGUCAUCAUGAGUAUCCAGCCCCGGUGAAGCGACCGACUGUCUCUGAUAAUAGAUACAGCUCUCAUGUUGGUAAAACUUACAACAACUACCAGACUCCUGACCCCCAGAGACGAAACUGUGAGCAAUCGGAGGACCACCGAGAAGUUUACCUGGAGCGCAGAGAAGCCCCUUACAACAAAGACCAGAAUGACUAUGAUGAAAGAGAGAGAUACAAUAAGUUUGUAGGAGAAAGAACCGUCACAGUGUACCGUAAAUUUGACAAUGAUCAGUACGACCAUAGUAGAAACACUGAAACUGCAGUGGCUGAAGUAUAUGAUCAUACUAAACAUAACUAUAAUAGAGGCAGUAAUAGUGGAUCUCCGGGAGUAUACGACUGCAGUAAAAGUGACUACAAUAGAAACACUGCCCCGGGAGGCUACGACCGCACUAAAAAUGACUACAACAGACACAGUGAUAUAUCAGCUUCUGGAGGGUACGACCGUACUAAGAAUGACUAUAACAGAAACCGUACUACGGCAGCUUCUGGGGUGUACGACCAUACUAAGAAUGACUAUAACAGAAACCGUACAACGGCAGCUUCUAGGGUGUACGACCAUACUAAGAAUGACUAUAACAGGGACUAUGAUAAACAUUACAAUCCCCCUAGCAACACUGAUCGUAAUAGAGACACGAGAGCCUCACAAUCUUCAAAAAGCCAUACCAGUUAUGAUCGACCGAGAAGUGACAACAGAAAUGAUGCUAGAGCUCCAAGUUAUGGAAAGAGUCAUGGGUCAAGUGGCAGCCACAGCUAUGGAAAAAGUUUUGAUUCUAAUAGCAGUCAGAGUUAUGGAAAAGGUUAUGACUCUGACCACAGUCACAACAGGAAUAAAAGUAAUGUGAAAAAGGAGUAUACUGAUUACAAAUCCUCAAAUAAAAGACACGCAUAUAAAGCUCAUGAGGACUCAGACAAAAGCAAGGGUAGCAACGACAGGAAGACUGCUCCUAAAGGCCGCUCCACUGAUGACCUGUGGAGGAAUGCUGGGUACGGAAAGACAGUGACAGAAGACAGAGAUGGAAACAGUUAUAGCGGAUCAUCAGGCAACAAGGGGACAGCAGACACUAACUACCCAGGCAGCAAUACACAGUCAACAUGGUCUCAGAGGGGACGCAACUCCUCUACAGCACCAAACUCCAGAGGUGGAGAUUAUCAACAUAAUCAAAAUGCACCUUCAAUGAAAAAUGAUAACAAAGGCCCCUCAGUGUGGGGGAGUGGAGCCGGCUACACAGGACAGAACAGUUCACUGCCACAGACCAGAAUGACUGCAUCAUUCGGCAGCAAUGAUCGGAUGAACUCCGGUAAUAUCCAAGACUUGCCAGUACAACAGACUGUGAUGUUCCAGGAUAGCCGGCUUGGUAAUCCUCCAUCGAGCGUACCUUAUCCAAUGAUGACUAUACCCCACAGGAAUUCAGGACCCAGCAUGAUGCCACCCCCUAAUGCUGCCAUUAUCCCCCAACCUCAGCCCUCUUUGGGCAUCAUCCGCCCCCAGGAUCAGGGCGUUCAGCCUGGAUUUGUUAAUGUGACUUAUAAGUAUUACACACCAGGCAGGCCUUAUUGAAGUACAGUGUAAUAUACUAUAUUUUAGCAGCUACGUAAUGUUGUGAUUGUUUGGUCUUUCUUGAUUUUAUCUUUUAUGUGAAGAAUGGAGAGGUGGACAAGGAUUUCUACAUAAAACUACUUACACGUACAUUUAUAUCAUGAUAAAUUUAACAGCUAAUAAUGAAUGUGAAGAAAAUUUAGUUCAGUACAAAUAAAAAUCUGUGAAAUCCAA